AUGGCUGAUAUCAGAACCCAAGGGCUUAUAGAGCCUGUCGACGUCGUCGAAUACCUCUUCAGGAGACUCCAUGAGGUCGGUGUCCGCUCCGUUCACGGCCUUCCCGGUGACUUCAACCUCGUUGCCCUCGACUAUCUUCCCCAGUGCGGCCUGAAAUGGGUUGGUAAUGUCAACGAGCUCAACGCCGGCUACGCUGCCGAUGGUUACGCCCGUGUCAAGGGCAUCUCUGCCAUCAUCACUACAUUCGGUGUUGGCGAGCUCUCCGCCAUCAACGCUCUCGCCGGUGCCUACUCAGAACACAUUCCCGUCGUACACAUUGUCGGUUGCCCCUCUACGAUCUCUCAGAAGAACGGCAUGCUCCUGCACCACACCCUUGGCAACGGCGACUUCAACGUCUUCUCCAACAUGAGUUCUCAAAUUUCAUGCGAUGUUGCGCGCCUCAACAACCCCGCCGAGAUUGCCAACCAGAUCGAUCAUGCUCUCCGAGAGUGCUGGAUCCGCAGUCGCCCCGUCUACAUUAUGCUCCCCACCGACAUGGUCCAGAAGAAGAUCGAGGGCCAGCGCCUGAACAAGCCCAUCGACCUCGAGGAGGCCAUCAACGACCCUGACAGAGAGGACUACGUUGUCGACGUCGUCCUCAAGUCCCUUCAUGCCGCCAAGAAGCCCGUCAUGCUGAUUGACGCCUGCGCUAUCCGCCACCGCGUCCUCCCCGAGGUUCAUGCACUCCUUGAGAAGACAAAGAUUCCUGUCUUCGUAACGCCCAUGGGAAAGGGUGCCGUCAACGAAUCUCACCCCAACUACGGCGGUGUUUAUGCCGGUACCGCUUCGCAACCCGAUGUUGGUGAGCGACUCGAGUCCUCAGACUUGAUCUUGUCCAUUGGUGGUCUCAAGAGCGAUUUCAACACCGCUGGAUUCUCUUACAGAACAUCGCAGCUGAACACCAUCGACUUCCACAGCACACACAUGAGAGUCAGAUACUCUGAAUACCCUGGCAUCACCAUGCGCGGAGUCCUCCGCAAGGUCACUGAGCGUCUUGACUUGAGCCAGCUUUCCGUCGUCACAUCACCCGAGGUCAUCAACAGAGUGCCCAGCCCCAACUCGGACCCCUCGCAAACCAUUACCCAGGCUUACUUAUGGCCUCGUGUUGGCAACUACCUUCGCGAGAAUGACAUCGUUGUCACCGAGACCGGAACGGCCAACUUCGGUAUCUGGGACACCAAAUUCCCUGCUGGGGUCACAGCUUUGAGUCAGGUCUUCUGGGGAAGUAUCGGUUGGUCUGUCGGUGCUGCCCAAGGUGCUGCUCUCGCAGCCAAGGAUGCGGGAGAGGACCGCAGGACAAUUCUCUUCGUCGGCGACGGAUCAUUCCAACUUACGGCCCAGGAGGUCACUACCAUGUUGCGCCACGGCUUGAAGACGACAAUCUUCGUCAUCUGCAACGAUGGAUACACCAUCGAGCGCUUCAUCCACGGCAUGGAGGCCGAGUACAACGACAUUGUCCAGUGGCAGUACAAGGAACUUGCGACAGUGUUCGGCGGUACCGAGCAGACAGCCAAGAAAUUCGUCGUCAAGACAAAGGAUGAACUUGAGAAGCUCCUGACUGACCAGGAGUUCAACAACCCCACAACACUACAGUUUGUCGAGCUCUACCUCCCCAAGGAGGAUGCGCCAAGAGCAUUGAUCAUGACUGCUGAGGCCAGCGCUAGAAACAACGCCAAGGUCGAGUAA